GCGACUCCAACACCAUUUUCGAGGUCGCUAACCGAUGCGAACCUCUGCUCAUAAAAGAUAGUGUAUACAGUAGCCUUUAAAAAAAGCCAAGAAACCAAAAAAGAAACCUAGAAGAAUCAACAAAAACAUUGAAGACUUGGAAAACUGCAAAAGAAAAACUACUACAGCAUUUUAAUAUACAAUGAGUCGUCAAUUUAUUUCACUAAUUGCAGCAGCUCUCUGCGCCUGCGCUGUGGUUUCUUCCGCUCAAGGACAGGGGCCUCAGCAGCCACAGCAGCCACAGCAGCCACCACAGCCUGGACCAUGCACGACUGGUCUAGAGGAGCAGCUUCCCACCCAGUGCUUCGCAGCUAAUGGGGUAGACUACCAGGGGGUGCUUUUCCUUCUGUCUGGCAACCGGACCGGAGCCAUUCCCGCAGGCUACGACUUCGCUUCCUUCAGAAAAGCUUUGUGCGAGGACAAACAGGACCUCAUUAUUCCCUGUGUACUGAGAAUGAUGCAGUCCUGGAACAGAACCACUUGCACACUUCAGGACAGGGAGCUCAUGAUGGCCAGGGGUGGACAACUGUUAGCCUAUUUGGACGCAAUAUGUGGAAGUGCUUGCGAAGGGGAAGCGACACAGAGGAUGCUGCAGUGUUUCGCGGCAGCUCAGUUGGACCCAACCCCUUUCCUGAACCCCAACGCCACUCUUCUCAGUGACAGGUUCCCCAUGAUUGGCGACAGCAUGGCGAAUGCGGACAACUUCUGCAGACUUAAAACCCAGCUAUUUUCGUGCCUGACCCCCGUGAGCGACUCCUGUCCUGCCUUUGCCAAGCGACUGUAUGCCCUGGGCAUUGACAUCCGGGCCAUGGACAGCGCCACCACUCUCCUGUGCACCAACACGGCCCAAUACUUGCAGGCUUUGCAGUGUUUCGCCAAUCCGACGCCUUCAGUCGCGCAGUGCUUGUCUCAGUCGGAGACCCUCGUGGUGCAGACUCUUGAUGGUAGAUACAGGACAGGAGCUCUUGCACCAUCACAGUUUCUACCAAGCCUUUGCGAAAUAAAGCUGAGUCAGAUACAAGUGUAAGCUGACAGCCUACGGUGAAUCGUGCAGUAACUUCGUUGCUCUUCGUAAGUCCUUCGACUGCGCCAUCUUGCCCUCCCCUUGCCGAAGCAUCGCGUCCUUCAACGCCGUGUGCGGAGCUGCGCAGUGACCUCAGACUAGCACUUGACCUGCCAAACCCUCAUCGCAUGCCACAGAUAUCAGAAAACAAAUAGAAUUACGAAUACACUGAGAGCAAACUAUAAAAAGACAGUAAAUUAUAAUAUUGCUAUAGUAAUUACAGAAGUAUAAAUACUUGUUAACUGCUAGCAGCAAAAGAAUGUUUGUUUUAGUGAAUUAACCAUCGAAAUAGUUCAAAACCAAAUUACCUUUUUAGGUAAAAAAACACAUGGAAUAUUAUGGUUCUGUAUGCUUGAGGGUAUGAAAAAGAAGACGCAAAAGAUUAGUGUGGAUAAAGUAGAUGCUUCGAACAUGUGAAGUUUUUUUCGCUGCUAUGUUAUUUUCACAAUAGCCUUACAAUGUCUUGAAGUCGACAGAUCUCACACGGAAUAGUUAUGAAAUAUAUUAUUAUAAGACACAGAAGUGUACACAAUGUCUUGAAAUAAAAAUCACCUUGGCAGUC